ACGGACCAAUGCUAGUCAGAAACGGAAAGUCCCUUCUCGAGGCCAUACCAAUACCGAUACCACCAUACUCUGCCAGCCAGUUCAAACUCUCUCUCUCUCUCUCUCUCUCUCUCUCUCUGGGCCAUGGCUGCAAUACCCAAUAAACAACAACCAUCGCCUGCCUAUGUAGAGGCAGUGGAAGAAAUCAAGAGAAUCUACAAAUCUUUGCCCUCCCGGCCGACAAUCGAAGAGGUUGAAGCCGCCGUCUCCGUCGUCCAAACUGUGGAAACCGAACAGCGGAUGAAGCUCGAGCAGAUCUCCGGCCAGGCGGCCCAGCCGGGCGUCCCGCCGGAGCUUUUCUCUGUUCUGCAACAGGCGAGGAAAACCAUGGUGAUGUUCCAAAGCCACGAGCAGAGGAAAGAGGCCACCCACUUGGUGGAGCUCGACAAGAUUUUCCAGGCUUUCGAUGAACUCAUUCAGAGAGCCUCUGACUUGGUUUGCGAGAGACAUGGCGAUUUGGGUGAUGAAAUUGGAAGAGAGUCUCUGAUCAGUGAUUUUGAGGAGCCUAAAGCCGAUUUUGGUUCCGAGGGUUUGGCGAAGAGUUCUCCAGCUAAGGCCGAGGGCGAUGAUGGCUUGAGGGGCUUGGUCAAAAGCUUUUCCACUAAGGCAACCAUUUUCUCUCCAGGUGAUGAACUAAAGACCCAGAAGUUGGAUCUGAUGAAAGUAGCAGCCUUGAUUGAAAACUCUGCUAAAAGUGGAUCAGGGAUUCUUGAUCUUCGAGGGAAGUUGAUGGACAAUAUAGAAUGGCUUCCCGUAUCGCUUGGGAAGUUGUCAAAUAUACAUGAGUUAGACCUGUCUGAGAACCGGAUAAUGGCUCUUCCAUCCACCAUUGGCAGCCUCGAGGCCCUAGUGAGGCUGGACGUGCACUCAAAUCAAGUGAUAAAUCUUCCUGAUUCAUUUGGUAAUCUAGUGAAUUUAACCCAUCUUGAUCUUCAUGCAAACAUGUUGAAAUCACUUCCUCCGUCUUUUGGGAACUUGACUAAUCUCAUUGAUCUCGAUUUGAGUUCGAACAAUUUUAGCCAUUUGCCAGAUGUAAUUGGCAAUCUAGCUUGCUUGAGGAGAUUGAAUGUGGAAACAAAUGAGCUCGAAGAACUUCCUUACGCGAUAGGAUCCUGCUCAUCACUUGUGGAGCUGAGGCUGGAUUUCAAUCAGCUCAAAGCCCUUCCUGAGGCAAUUGGAAAGCUUGAAUGCUUGGAGGUUCUUACUCUGCAUUAUAACAGAAUCAAAGGGUUGCCAACAACAAUGGCAAACCUUUUGAAUUUGAAGGAACUCGAUGUUAGCUUCAAUGAACUUGAAUCCAUACCUGAAAGCCUUUGUUUUGCAGUAAGUCUAGUGAAGCUGAAUGUUGGGAACAACUUUGCUGACCUGAGAGCCUUGCCAAAAUCAAUUGGGAACCUUGAGUUGCUUGAAGAAUUAGAUAUAAGUGAUGACCAGAUAAGGGCACUGCCGGAUUCUUUCAGAUUUCUCUCAAAACUCAGAGUCUUCCGAGCUGAUGAGACUCCAUUAGAGCUGCCGCCAAGACAAGUAACAAACCUAGGGGCUCGAGCUGUUGUUGAGUACAUGGCUGAUUUUGUCGCGAAGCAGCAGCAGAAGUCUCAGCAGCCGAAGAAGAAGAAUAAGAAGAAGAAGGGUUUCUUCUCCCGGGUUUGCCCACUGUUUUCGCAUUGAGCCGUAGUCUGGGGAAGAAACAGGUAAGGUGAUGUCGAUUUGUUGGAAUUGUUUUUGUCAAUUGUAUCAUGUACUGUAUCAACAUGCCAGAUUGCAAAGGACUUCUAGUCCCCGGGCCUGUUUUGCUUUCGUUCAAAAUGAAAUAAGUCAAAGAAAAGAACACAUGUAAAUAUCAUUGUGAUAUAUCAGUGCGCAAGUCAUGUAAAUUAUGUAUGUACACAAGUGUAAUAAGUCUUUGGUUGUUUCCAUCUUCUUCUUGAUAUGAAGAGUCUUAAUUAUCAAGUCA